GGCUGACAAUUAUCUCGCUCACGUGCGACUUUACCACGGGGAUAUCGCGCACGUUGGCGAGAACUUACAGUAAGUUGUAACUCACCAAAUGCAGUGUGUACUCAGCUAGAAGCAACAACGGUGGCGCCCUCUAUAGCUUUCUUAUAUAUCUCACAACUAGACAGCCCUUCCCUAAAACAUCAUGUCUGCCCCAAGUUCUCCUCUUCUAGAUGGAAACAGUCAAAAUAAUAACUUUUCCGACGCUUUUGGACGCGACGAUAUGGUGGACGGCAGCACUGCGUUCACUUUAUUAGACACUCUGGAGACAUUCCUUGGCUCACAUGUCGAUCUCCUUCAACGUCGACUUCAGCGACACUCUGAUAGACUGAAAUCGAAGGCGGAUGAGGUUCUGAGAAGGCGCAACUCUUCUUCACCUGGAGAAAAUGUAAUAGCGAACCUUGAAAGAGAGGCCAAGGCUUUUCAGCUAAAGGUUUCUUCCCGUAUGAUGCAACUCGCUAGCUCGUGGCAAUCUGCAAAAGUUGUACGCACACGCGAAAAGAUUUCAUUCUUCUUCGGCGUCAUGUCUCUCUUAUCAUCGGCUUUGCUAUUUGGGCUAGCACCUCAAUGGGUACACAUAGCGUACACAGUCCAAGCUCUUUAUCUCCUUCCUCUUCGCGUAUACUUUUACAAGAAACGCUCUUGGCAUUAUUUCCUCUUCGACCUAUGCUACUAUGUCAAUAUACUCAACUUCAUCUACAUUUGGCUUUUGCCUCAAUCUCCCGCACUGUUCAUCGCGUGUUAUUGUUUGAGCCAUGGGAGCCUUGCCAGUGCGGUCAUUACCUGGAGGAAUAGCUUAGUAUUCCAUGAUCAAGACAAGGUCACCAGUCUUUUCAUUCACAUCUACGCACCGUUUUCUUUCACGGUGAUUCGACACUACUACCCAAAUGCUGAGGACCGAUUUCCAGCACUGAACCAACUUCGACAUUUGAACCCCUUGCGCGCGCUUUUACUCAGUGGAGGAAUUUAUCUUAUCUGGCAACUCCUUUACUGGAAGUUUGUUUUCGUCGACCGCCGAAAGAAGAUCGAAUCCGGCCAACGUACCAGCUCUAUGUCAUGGCUCUUAAACUCGAAAAGCAGCAUCAUCGGAAAGGCCCUUAGCAAAAUCCCACCUCAAGGACGCAUACCGUCAUUCAUGUUCGGACAACUGGUAUACAGUAUCAUAACAGAGCUUCCCGCUGUGUUUAUACUGUACAAGUCUCCGUUCUGGAGUGGUGCAUUCCUCAUUGCCAUCUUUUCUGUAAGCGUAUGGAAUGGUGGAGGAUUCUAUAUCGAGGUGUUUGGUAGGAAAUUCGAACGGGAGCUUGAAGCGCUUCGAAAGGAACUUGCAGAAAUCGCACAAGUAAAACCCGGCCUCAACGGCCCUUCGUCUAAACUCGACUCUUUCCCCGACGAAGAUACGAUGUCAUCGCGCUCUUCGAGUCAAGAUUUCCGGUUUCCACCGCAGCCUGUUCCUUCAAAUAUGACACUCGAAGGCGAAAUGCCGAAAGCGACAGAGACAUGAUUCAAGCAAAGUGAUAAUCGUGGAUAACUUUUUAAGCUAUACUCCAUACUCACCUUAUAGUUGCUCAUUCGAAUGUUUUAUAAUU